AUGGCCUCGCCGCCGGCAAAUCACGGCCACUCCACCUCCAUUCUGCGAUCGGUUGGCUUCCUUCAAGGCUUCAACCUGACCAAAAAAAUCAGCAAAAUUUGCACCCCCGGUUUGGACAGGCCCGGAGUCAAAACACAUCUAAAAAACAUCAACAACAUGGGAAAGCCACGACACAAAUCUAAAUCCAAUAACAACAACAAUGGCGGGGAUAUCAGAGUCAAAAAGUCUAACCAACGCUGGGAUGCAUUACCGGAAACCAACGAAGCCUUCGUCGAGUAUUACAAAAACCAACAAAAAAUUGCUGAAACCGAGGAAGAAUGGAACAAGAUAUUUACUGCCUUCAGGACCGAUCUCCCGACUACUUUCAGGGUCACUGGCGGAAAAAAAAAUGCGAUUCAACUGAAUAAAAUCAUCGAGGAUACUUAUGUUCCCUUCUUGUCGAACCUCCGGAUAAAUAAUGAAUUGGUCCCCCCGCCCCAGAAAAUAUCCUGGUAUCCGAAUGGAUUUGCUUGGGAAUUCCGAGCCCCCAAGCAAUUGAUUCGAAAAUUUCAAAACUUUCUGGUUUACGAAUCAGAAGCGGGGAACCUAUCCAGACAAGAAGCGGUCUCAAUGGUUCCGCCCUUGUUGUUAGAUGUUCAAUCCCAUCAUUUCGUUCUGGAUGCAUGUGCCGCACCAGGCUCAAAAACAGCACAACUGGUGGAAUCCCUCCAUCGCACCAACCCUGGCUUGAUACCGGAGGGACUGAUAAUUGCGAAUGAUUCGGAUUAUAAACGCUCUCACUUACUAGUUCAUCAGUCCCUUCGCAGACUACCAUCUCCCUCGACGAUGAUCACCAAUCAUGACGCCUCGCGAUUCCCUACCUUGUCUAUGAACGGCAAGAAGUUAUUGUUCGAUAAAAUCCUGUGCGAUGUGCCUUGCAGCGGUGACGGUACUCUCAGAAAGAACGGCGGGAUUUGGAGAGACUGGACCCCUGCGAAUGGCAUAGGCUUACAUGGAUUGCAGUUGAGGAUUCUGUCCCGAGCAAUUUCCUUAUUGAAGCCUGGAGGCCGGAUAGUCUAUUCGACUUGUUCAUUAAACCCGCUUGAAAACGAGGCCGUGGUUUCAGCUGCGUUAUCGCAGUUCCCAUCAAUGAGCCUCAAGGAUGUUUCGAGUAGCCUUCCCACCCUAAUUCGUCGACCAGGGCUGACCUCCUGGACGGUUACUACCCGCGAGCCGAAUAACAUCCAGCCUGUUGCCUCGCCCAACGACUUACCCGACAUGCCACAGAAUAGGAGGUAUCCCGCUACUCUGUGGCCCAGCGGAAACGAGAGCAAGCAUGGCCUUGAACGUUGCUUGAGGAUAUAUCCCCACUUGCAGGAUACCGGUGGCUUUUUUGUUGCUGUCCUCGAGAAAUCGGCGACAGCUAGUAACGGAAAUGCUACGUGUGCAAACCCUCUAGAAAAUUUACCAACAACGCAAGCUAGUCCCGUCAAAGCCGAGGAAGCAUCGGAGAAUAAUACUCGGGUUUCAAACGGAGACGCGGUCGCACAGACAACAAGUCAACCACCUCCCACCGUUGAUUCCAUUGAGCAAACAGACCCUUCGUGCACGUCAACUGAGCCAGUAGAAAGUAAACAAACAAAAAGGGUGAUUCCUGCUGAAGAAUCCGACAUUGCGACCGGCCAACCCGAAGCUAAGAGAGUGAAAGUCGAGCUGCCCCUCGAAGCAACCAUACCAAACCUGGAAGCUUCCAAAGUUGGGACUGCCGAAAACCGCACUGAUUCACAAAAUCAUGCAGACACUAUGCCGCUUGACAACCCAUUCAAAGAAGAACCACAUGUUUUCUUGAAGUCUGAUAAUGAGGAAAUAAAAAAAUGCAUGGAAUACUAUGAUAUAAACCCGUCUUUUCCAAAAGACAAUUUACUUGUGAGAAAUGCAGAGGGACUGCCGACUCGGACGAUCUAUCUGACGUCGUCUGUGGUGCGCGAGGUGAUUGAGAACAACUCGCAUAUCCGACUACGAUUGAUCUGCUGUGGUGUCAAGAUCUUCUGUCGGCAAGACCCGUCCGCGUCAACGGUCAAAGAUAUGAAGGCAGCCGACCCCGAAAAGUUUUGCAAAUGGAGGAUUGUCAGCGAUGGAGUCGAUUUCUUCAGGCCGUUUAUGGGUUCUAAGAGGGUCAUCCAAUGUCACAUCAAUGUCCUCAAGCAAUUGAUGAGGCACGAUCAACAGUACCCUUUAAUCACAGAUCUAGAAGAUGAAACUUUCAGAAAUCAGGUUCAACAGCUUGACAUUGGUAGCUGUAUCGCCGAGAUCUACGACGACACUCAAGACGAUGCCUCUCACCAUGUUCCUUUAGACCUGAUGGUCGGAUUAUGGAUUUCUAAACUGUCUAUCAACUUGAUGGUCGAUAAGAAAGAACGUAAAGUGCUCAGUCUUCGGUUAUGGGGCGAAGAUAUCACUCUCGAUCCCAACUCGGAAACUCGGGCUUCGCGUCUCGCUAAGAAUCAGGAUAAGGAUCCUGAUUCGGGUCCUCAACCCGAAAACCAAGAGGAGAUUAAAACAACCCAACUCGAGGAAGUCAAACUCGAACCGGAAGGCGUUGAAAUCGAGCCACAAGAAGUAAAGCUCGAGCCGGAAGCCGUUCAAGUCGAUCCACACGCAGUCAAACUCGAACCGGAAGUGACGACAGUAAAAGCGGAACAUCCUGAAACACAAGCAAUCAAUACAGAGGUUACAAUUCCUGAUCAAGAGAUAGGAGAAGACAGCGAAGUAGAAAUAAAGCUAGAAACCGCCUAG